AUGGUUAGCAUCACUUGGAAUAAGGAGUCCACCGAGCGACUCAUUGCAGCACUCCUAGCGUCUAAUCCUAAGCUUAGCCUAGACUACGAGUUAAUGGCCGUUUAUUUUGGCCAAGGGGCCACUUACGACUCUAUUCAACAUCGAUUUCGGGAGUACCGUCGGGUGGCAUCAACGAUGGCUCAAGGGUCGCCAGCCGGUGGUACUCAAGGCCGUCGCGGCGUAAUUUCUACCCCUCGCAAGAACAGUCGUGGAGGAAUCGCGAAAACUGGGUUUACAAAAAAGACUCCUACAGAACUUAGCAGUUAUAUUACGCCAAGUAAGAAUGGUAGAUUCAAAGGUGGAAACUCCUCAAAGGAUGCUAUUUGCCUAAGCGAUGACGACUGCAAGAACCUCCUUAAACAGGAGCCGAAAAAGGAAGAGAAUCAAGACGCUUUCCAGGUGAAAGCAGAAGACGUUUUCACCGACGCACCCACUACUGCACCGAGCUUGUUGACUCAGAACAUGCAGGCUCAGGCUGAAAGGGAAGCUCCAGAAUUUGACCCUUUUCCUUGCGACACAUUCGAAGCAUUGACCGAUUUGGACGAGUAUGUUUGA